GCGCGGCAAGGGCUCUGCGUGGUGCGGGGCGUCUCCGCUCGGGCUCCGGCCCGGGGAGGCGGCUCCGGCGGGGCAGGCGGGCUCCACCCCCGGGCCGGCCGCGCGCCCGCACCUCCCUAUUCCUGGAGCCCGAGUAGGGGCUCCAAGCGGCGGCGGCGGCGGCUCCGCUCCCAGCUGGGCGUCUGGGCGCGGGGCCAGGACGCGCGGGGAGCGGCGGCGGCGCUGGGCGGCUGAUCGCGCGGAGGGCGGCGGCCUGGGCCGGCCGAGCCAUGGCGGCCCCGGAGCCGGUGCCGAGGCGGGGCCGGGAGCGGGAGCGGGAGGAUGAGAGUGAGGACGAGAGCGACAUCCUGGAGGAGAGCCCGUGCGGCCGCUGGCAGAAGCGGCGCGAGCAGGUGAACCAGGGGAACGUGCCGGGAGUCCAGAGCACCUUCCUGGCCAUGGACACGGAGGAGGGCGUGGAGGUGGUGUGGAACGAGCUGCACUUCGCGGACAGGAAGGCCUUUGCAGCCCACGAGGAGAAGAUCCAGACCAUGUUCGAGCAACUGGCCCUGGUGGACCACCCCAACAUCGUCAAGCUGCACAAGUACUGGCUGGACGCCUCAGAGGCCCGAGCACGGGUCAUCUUCAUCACAGAGUACGUGUCCUCGGGCAGCCUGAAGCAAUUCCUCAAGAAGACCAAGAAGAACCACAAGGCCAUGAACGCCAGGGCCUGGAAGCGCUGGUGCACGCAGAUCCUGUCCGCGCUCAGCUUUCUGCACGCCUGCAGUCCCCCCAUCAUCCACGGGAACCUGACCAGUGACACCAUCUUCAUACAGCACAACGGCCUCAUCAAGAUCGGCUCUGUGUGGCACCGGAUCUUCUCCAAUGCACUCCCGGUCCAUCUGCGAAGCCCCAUCCGUGUGGAGCGGGAGGAGCCUCGGAACCUGCACUUCUUCCCGCCAGAGUACGGAGAGGUUGCUGAUGGCACGGCCGUGGACAUCUUCUCUUUCGGGAUGUGUGCUUUGGAGAUGGCUGUGCUGGAGAUCCAGGCCAACGGGGACACCCGGGUCACAGAGGAAGCCAUUGCUCGCGCCAGGCACUCCCUGGGCGACCCCAACAUGCGGGAGUUCAUCCUCUCCUGCCUGGCCCGAGACCCUGCCCGCCGGCCCUCCGCCCACAACCUCCUCUUCCACCGCGUGCUGUUCGAGGUGCACUCGCUGAAGCUCCUGGCAGCUCACUGCUUCAUCCAGCACCAGUACCUCAUGCCCGAGAACGUGGUGGAGGAAAAGACCAAGGCGAUGGACCCGCACGCAGUCCUGGCGGAGAUCCCACGGCCCCCCCGGCCCCCACUGCAGUGGCGGUACUCAGAGGUCUCCUGCCUGGAGCUUGACAAGUUCCUGGAGGAUGUCAGAAACGGGAUCUACCCACUGAUGAACUUCGCUGCUGCUCGGCCGCGGGGGCUGCCCCGUGUGCUGGCCCCACCCGCCGAGGAAGCCCCAAAGGCCAAGACCCCAACACCAGAACCCUUUGACUCUGAGACCAGAAAGGUGAUCCAGAUGCAGUGUAAUCUGGAGAGAAGCGAGGAUCAGACACGCUGGCAUCUCACUCUUCUCCUGGUGCUGGAGGACCGGCUGCACCGGCAGCUCACCUACGACCUGCUCCCAACCGACAGUGCCCAGGACCUGGCUGCUGAGCUGGUGCACUACGGCUUCGUCCACGAGGUGAGGACGAUCGGCUGAAGCUGGCCGCCUUCCUGGACAGCACCUUCCUCAAGCACCGUGGAGCUCAGCCGUGACCUUGACUCGCCUCAGAGCCCCAGCCCUCCAGCCCGGGAAGCAGACCUGGCGGCUCCCAUGGAGAAGCUUGGCGUUGGCGCCUGUGUUGGGGUCAAUGGCCAGCAAGGCGGGGGGUCCGAGCCGGCGGUGGCGGCGGCAGUGGUGGCCGCGGGAGACAAAUGGAAACCUCCACAGGGGACAGACUCCAUCAAGAUGGAGAACGGGCAGAGCACAGCCGCAAAGCUGGGACUGCCUCCCCUGACGCCUGAGCAGCAGGAGGCCCUCCAGAAGGCCAAGAAGUACGCCAUGGAGCAGAGCAUCAAGAGCGUGCUGGUGAAGCAGACCAUCGCCCACCAGCAGCAGCAGCUCACCAACCUGCAGAUGGCAGCAGUGACAAUGGGCUUUGGAGAUCCUCUCUCACCUUUGCAAUCGAUGGCAGCUCAGCGACAGCGGGCCCUGGCCAUCAUGUGUCGGGUCUACGUGGGCUCCAUCUACUACGAGCUGGGGGAGGACACCAUUCGCCAGGCCUUUGCCCCCUUUGGACCCAUCAAGAGCAUUGACAUGUCCUGGGACUCUGUCACCAUGAAGCACAAGGGUUUUGCGUUUGUGGAGUACGAGGUCCCCGAGGCCGCCCAGCUGGCCCUGGAGCAGAUGAACUCUGUGAUGCUGGGAGGCCGGAACAUCAAGGUGGGCAGACCCAGCAACAUCGGGCAGGCCCAGCCCAUCAUAGACCAGCUGGCAGAGGAGGCUCGAGCCUUCAACCGCAUUUACGUGGCUUCCGUGCACCAGGACCUCUCGGACGACGACAUCAAGAGUGUUUUUGAGGCCUUCGGCAAGAUCAAGUCUUGCACGCUGGCUCGGGACCCCACGACUGGCAAGCACAAGGGCUAUGGCUUCAUUGAAUAUGAGAAGGCCCAGUCGUCCCAGGACGCCGUGUCUUCUAUGAACCUCUUCGACCUGGGUGGCCAGUACUUGCGGGUGGGCAAGGCUGUCACCCCCCCGAUGCCCCUGCUCACACCUGCCACACCCGGAGGCCUCCCACCUGCUGCUGCUGUGGCCGCAGCUGCAGCCACAGCCAAGAUUACGGCUCAGGAAGCAGUGGCUGGAGCAGCAGUACUGGGUACUCUAGCCACACCUGGACUGGUGUCCCCUGCCCUGACUCUGGCCCAGCCCCUGGGGGCUCUACCCCAGGCCGUCAUGGCUGCCCAGGCCCCGGGAGUCAUCACAGGUGUGACCCCUGCCCGGCCUCCCAUCCCGGUCACCAUCCCCUCUGUGGGAGUGGUGAACCCCAUCCUGGCCAGUCCUCCGACGCUCGGUCUCCUGGAGCCCAAGAAGGAGAAGGAGGAGGAGGAGCUGUUCCCCGAGUCGGAGCGCCCGGAGAUGCUGAGCGAGCAGGAGCACAUGAGCAUCUCGGGCAGCAGCGCCCGCCACAUGGUGAUGCAGAAGCUGCUCCGCAAGCAGGAGUCCACAGUGAUGGUUCUGCGCAACAUGGUGGACCCCAAGGACAUCGACGACGACCUGGAGGGGGAGGUGACCGAGGAGUGUGGCAAGUUUGGCGCUGUCAACCGUGUCAUCAUCUAUCAGGAGAAGCAGGGAGAGGAGGAGGAUGCGGAGAUCAUCGUCAAGAUUUUUGUGGAGUUUUCCGUAGCCUCUGAGACUCACAAGGCCAUCCAGGCCCUCAAUGGGCGCUGGUUUGCUGGCCGCAAGGUGGUGGCUGAAGUGUAUGACCAGGAGCGUUUUGAUAACAGUGACCUCUCCGCGUGACCCUGGCCCCAUUCCCCGGACUCGCACUUUUCCCUUGUUCCCUCUGAGUUUUAUAGAGUGAUUCGAUGGUGUCUUGGGCCCAGCCGCCCAGCCUGUGGAUAAAGGUGCAGAUGCUGCUGGCCCGGAACAUGCCUGUCUGA